AAACCGUGAUCUUUUCCCAUUCCGCUUGUUGCUUGGUUCCUCGACGUUGCGAGGAUGUAGCUGCUGCUUCUUCGGUUCAUGCCGGAAGUUCUUCUUCCUUCCUUUGCCUGUUCGGUGUACCAAGCUUUUCCCGGUUAGAUUACGCCAAAUAUCUCAUCUUCUUUAGCUUCUGGAGAGAUCUUUUGCAAGAAAAGCAAAACAAAAUGAAACCUGUGUGUUCCGUUGGGUAGCCUCAUUCAGGGGAUGUUCUCUGUGUUUGGGGAGUUUUGUGAGAUACUGAACGCUACAGCUCUCAGAAUGGUGGUUGUUUGGCAUAUGUGGUGUUCUUGCAGCAUGUUCUUCUUACUUGGACUCGUGAUUACUGAAUAACCAAUCUCUUUUGUCUUCUUGUGCCUUGCUCCUGCAUUUGCUCCUCGCAUUACACUUGGAUUUUGGUUAAGUUCCCUGUUCGAUCGAUAGUAUGUCUCUUUAAUUUCAAGCUGCCUGGGAGUUGACUAUCGGUUCUUGCCUUCUUGGGAAGAGCUACGACGUGUUUUGUUUUUGUCUAUCAGUUUAUGCCCUCCAUUUUCCUUUUUCUUUUUCUAGGGCUACGGCAUGGAAGGCGCACAUGCCCUCCAUUUUCUGUCCCUUGAGUCUUCUGUGUAAUUUUUUUUAUGUAUCGGGGAUGUGUGGUUUCUCUGCUGUUUUCUGAACUGGAUCCGUGGUUGAACCGAGUUUUUCGUACUGAUAUCUUGCGCUGGCAUUCCUUGUUUCUCUUGGGAUUAGUUGCUUGUUUGUAUCUCUCCUUGUCGUGAUCUUACUUCUAUGCUAGCUGUUAUACGAUUUUGUUUACAGUGAUGGGGAAUGCUCUGAAUAAUUUUUUUUAACCACUCUUGUUGUAAUGUGGUUCAUCAUGUGGGUCAUUAAACUGAGCCAAAUGUAUUUCAUUGUUAUUUUUUUUCUUUGAUCUUGAUUUUCUUGGUACCCGUUAGUGUUGUGGGUGUGUUUGAACUUGAUUGUUCUACAUCAUUUGCUGGCUAAAGGGUAUGACUUUCUUUCAUGCCUUUUAAACCUGAAUUUGUACUUGUUUUCUCACAUCUUUACAGCAUAAGUCUAGUGCAUAAUACUAGAUCUGAGUGUUAGGAGAGCAUUGCGCUUCACUGUGCUAUUAUUAUAUGGUAGAUUCCACUAUGUCUUGCUGUUUGUUUUGGACAACUUGGUUAAAGCUAGCAGGGUUAAUUUAUUACCAAGGAAGGAAGAAAGCGAUUGCCAUCUCCCCAUCUUUCUAAUCAUUGAUCAGAGUUCGCCUUUCCCUCCAGUUAAAGAAUCCAUUGCGAGUUGCUUCAUCACGACUUGUCUUUGGAACCAAUCCAGUAUAUUUUUCUGAAUGCAAAGUGCCAGUGAUAAAAAGACAUAUGAAUCCUGUGGCAGAAUGCUUUUGUAGCCAGUCAACUGGAUGAAACAGAGACUAGAAGAUUGCAUGUAUACGUGUCCUGUUCACCAACUCUACACUCUAGUGGUCUGUCUCUUCCCUUUGCUGAACUGGAAUAACCGGAAAGCGAGCGGCGCGGUCUAGUUUAACAGCCACCGCAUGUUUUCCUGCAUUAUUGGUGGGCUGUGCAGGUCUUUUGAGAGACAUGUGGCCUCUGACCUGCCAACAGAUGUUAUUGUGCAUGUCAGUGAAGUCAGAUUCUACUUACACAAGUUUCCCCUUCUGUCCAAGAGCAGCAAGCUUCAAAGGUUAAUUCUUAACGCUACUGAAGAGGGGACCGAUGAGGUCCACAUAGCUGACUUUCCUGGUGGAGCAAAAGCGUUUGAAAUAUGCUCAAAAUUCUGCUAUGGGAUGAUUGUCACCCUCAGUCCUCACAAUGUUGUAGCAGCAAGAUGUGCAGCGGAGUACCUUGGAAUGACUGAAGAUAUGGAUAAGGGGAACUUGAUAUUCAAAAUUGAGGUCUUUAUAAAUUCCAGCAUCCUCCGGAGCUGGAAAGACUCAAUCAUUGUUCUUCAGAGCGCAAAGGCACUGUUACCUUGGUCCGAGGAGCUAAAGGUUAUCGGUAGAUGUAUCGAUGCCAUUGCUUCAAAGACAUCUGUUGAUCCUGCCAAUGUAUCCUGGUCAUACAGUUAUAACAAGAAAGGAGUAGCUUGCACUGAAAUAGUUGAGUCGGCAGGAAAAACAUCAGUAGCUCCCAAAGACUGGUGGGUUGAGGACUUAUGUGAAUUGGAUGUUGAUCUCUACAAGAGAGUUAUGGUUGCUAUCAAAUCCAAGGGCAGAAUGUCACCUGAAUUGAUAGGAGAAGCCCUUAAAGUCUACGCAGUUAGAUGGUUGCCAGACUCUUACGAUGCUCUCAUCGCUGAUGAUUACAUGAGAAGGAAUCAAUGCUUGGUUGAGACCAUAAUAUGGUUGCUUCCGUCAGAUAAGACCUCAGGUUGCUCUUGCAGGUUUCUCCUGAAACUGUUGAAAGUUUCUAUAUUAGUUGGAGCUGGGGAUCAUGUGAAGGAGGAGCUCAUGAGAAGGAUAAGUUUCCAGCUGCACAAAGCUUCGGUUAAAGAUCUCUUGCUACCUGCUGCUUCACCCAGUGAUGGUACACAUGAUGUUCGGUUGGUCCAUAAUCUUGUCCAGAGAUUUGUUGCGAGAACCGCUUUGUCUCACAAUGGUGAUUUUGUUGAGAAAUCUGAUGAAAAAAUGAUUGAACUCAACUUUGAGCAAGAAUCCAGUUUGGCUUUAGGCGAGUUGGUUGAUGGCUACCUAUCUGAAGUAGCUUCAGAUCCAGACCUUGAAUUGUCUUCCUUCGUAGAACUAGCUACAUCGGUGCCAGAAGCAGCUAGACCUGUUCAUGACAGCUUGUACUCCGCGGUUGAUGCGUAUCUCAAGGAACAUCCAAACAUAAGCAAAGCUGACAAGAAGAAGAUUUGUGGUCUGAUUGAUGUCAAGAAGCUUUCUGCUGAUGCAUGCGUACACGCCACACAAAAUGAUCGAUUGCCACUCCGGGUGGUGGUGCAAGUCCUGUUCUUCCAGCAGCUGAGGGCAGGCUCAAGCAGCGCACUAACUCUAGCUGACAGUGGAGAGCAUGCUUGCACAAAGCCUAUGCAGGAACAAAGCGAGCAGUGCGAAAGGAGGAUACCCAGGCAUCCGAACAAGCUGAAUAAGCAAAUAACAAGCUUAAGCACAAGAGGAGAGGGUGAACACCGGAACAGUGAGCUCAGGGGAGGCAGACACAGCUUCAAAGAUCAGCUUGGAGGCCUCCUGCUGCAGUCGCGGUCCAGGAGGAUAUUUGACAAGCUGUGGAGCAGCAAGGGGCAUGGGGAACAUGGCAAAGGUUCAGAGACGUCAGGUAGCUCGCAGAGCCCGCCAUUGACCGCAAAGCCCACGGAAGUGAAGCCAUCUCCUCUCCCCCCUCUUAGGAACAGAAGAUAUUCUGUUUCAUAGCGUUCUCUUACCUUUUCUUCUCUUGUUUUAGUUUAGCUUUGGGUUAGGUUGUACAGAAAAGAGAAGUUAUCAGCUGAUGCUCAUCACAUCAUUUUUGUUUUCUCCUUGCUCUGUCAAUGAAGAGAAAGUAUAGGGGAGGAGUGCAAGCAGUUCAAUCUGCUGCUUUCUGUAUGGUUAUCCAAGUUGUUGCUUACCAUAGUGUAAUCUUAACUAGAGGAAAGAUUCCCUAAAAAAACUAGAGGAACGAUCUGCUAGGGUUCUUGGAAAUGUUCCAGAACAUGGUUAAAAGGGUUCAUGAGAUCUGUGUAAACACUCGUUCUGGUGUAAUCAGAAUACUGCCAGAUUGCAAGACACUGUGCUUUGAAAGAAAGAUGAAUGCAAUGUUUGCAGAAUUAUGUACGUA